AUGUCAUUUGAUAAGCCUGUUGGACUCUCAAUGCUUCUGGCAGCUACCCUAAUUUUCGUUUAUUACACAGUUUGGACGUUUGUGCUUCCAUUCCUAGAGCCAGACAACUUUCUACAGAACUUGUUUCUACCAAGAGAAUAUGCUAUUAAAAUCCCUGUUUUGUUGCUAUGCAUUGGUGUCACAUUUGUCGGUGCAUUUAUUGGCAGCGUGCUAAUUCGUUCAUCCAAAAAAGGUAAGAAAGCAUAG